CCUGCGGGCACUCGGCUUACCCUAUCCUGUUAUGUGCUCCUGCUGCUUCCGGCGGGCGUUGCUCCCCGCUGCGCAGUGCCGAGGGAGGCGGCAGAGUGAUCGUUGCUGGCCGUGGAGCUCCGGCCUUUCCUGGCUCACGAUUGCCUCUUGUCCUGGCGAGAGGAGUAAAACCUCGUCCCGAGGAUGAGCUCAGAGAGUCUGCAGGAGGAAGCACGGCCGUGGCAACCCCGCCAGGGUCCGGACUGGCGGGUCUUCCAGCCGAGACAGUUACGGCCCCGCAGGAGACUGCCGGAGCCGGUCGGUCCGGUGACACCGGCUGGGAAGCGACAUUUCGCCGCCCUGGUUCUGGCCCGGGGAGGGAGCAAGGGGAUCCGGCUGAAGAACAUCAAGCUGCUUCUCGGCCGGCCGCUCCUGGCUUGGGUGCUGAUGGCCGCUGUGGAUUGCGGGCAUUUCGACAGUGUAUGGGUUUCCACAGACCAUGAUGAGAUUGAAAAAGUAGCAAAAAAGUAUGGAGCUCAAGUGCACCGUAGAAGUGCAGAAGUAUCAACUGAUACUGCAAGUUCUUUAGUCACUAUCUGUGAAUUCCUUCAACACCACAAAGAGGUUGAUGUGGUUGCUCAUAUACAGUGCACUUCUCCCUGUCUCCAUCCACGCCAUCUAAGGGAAGUGAUAAAGAUGAUGAAGGAAGAGGGAUACGAUUCGGUGUUUUCUGUUAUGAGACGUCCUCUUUUUCUGUGGCAGGAGGUACCAGAAGGAAAUGAGAUGACAAGACCUUUGAACUUUGAUCCAGAUAAGAAACCACAAAGAAGAGACUGGCUUGGAGAGCUCAUUGAAAAUGGAUCGUUUUAUUUUACUACUACAGAAUUACUUAGGAAAGGAUUGCACCAGGGUGGUAAAAUGACUUACUACGUGAUGAAGCCAGAGCACUGUGUGGAUAUUGAUGUAGACAUUGACUGGCCCGUUGCUGAGCAAAGAAUGAGAAGGCAUGGUUACUUUGGCAAAGUAAAUGAAAUAAAACUUGUAGUUUGUUCUCUGGACUCACAGCUCAAGCGUGAAUGCCAAGGUCGUGGAUAUGAGUUGAAAAAUAUGCCACAAAUCAAAAAAAUGAAGCAAAGCGGCAUAUGUGUAGAAUUGAUCGCUGAUUCGAAACAAUUGAAGGAAAAGAUAGUGGCAGAAUGGAUAAAGAAAAUGGGCAUUGGUUGGGAGAAUGUGGCUUACUUCGGUUACUGAACCUCUGGCCCGAGGGGAGCUGCUAACAGAUGGAUUUGCCCAGAUCACGGGAUUCUCUGAUAGAUGCUGUCUGUUUGAGGCAGUGCUGCUUAGAUUGGUGAGUAGUGAUAUGCCUGUGAUUGGGGCUGAGUCCACUGCCCUCUGCAGCUUUCUGCAUCACUGCAUAUUCAUAUUGCUGUAAUAGGCCAUGAUGGAGCCAGUCAGAAUACUUUCAACUCUAUAUCUAAUGAAAUUUGGGCUUUUUGGUGAUGUGCCUAACUUACUUAAUCCUAGAAAGAAAAGAUCAGCAGUCCUUCCUUGUGAUUGUAUCAAUGUGCUGGACCCAGGACAGGUUUGUUAGUGCCCAGGGUUUAAAGCUGCUGAUAUACCAAUGAAACCUGGUGCAAGCAGACCUUCCUCUUCCUUCCUGUAACCAACAAUCGAUUCUUUAGUUUUACUGAUGUUGAGUGGCAGUUUACUAUGGCCCUGCUCAACCAAAUGUACUAUGUCGCUCCUGUGUGUCUGCUUUUAGUAGAUGUUGUCCAUAAAGGCCGCUUAAUUAACAUUUUGUAGUCUCUUAGCCAUCAAUAAAAUGUCACACUAGUUUUUUUCUACAAAUAUACCGCCUUCACUUGUUCUCUUAUUUAUCUUGUGAAGUUUUAUCCUCAAAAGAAAAGCUAAUGGGUUUGUUGAAAGGUUUUUGUCUUCGUAUAAAUACCAAUUGGUUUAUCAAUGUCCUAGUAUCACAGGUUAUAUUACAGGCUCUAACAUUUUCCAAGCUAUUGAUGUAUUAAAAGUCUACUGAGGUUAUUUGGAGCAUGUUUGAACAGAGCAGAUUUUACCACAUGACUGAGCUCACUGUCUUUAGUAACAGUUGUGCAAGUGUGCUAGAUUGUCACUGGAAAUUAUGCUUGAGUAAUAACUAUUGGGAAGUUGGAUGAACCACGUUCACACUUGAAGUACUGCAAAGCCAUGUUGUAUUUGUAUUAGACAGAAGCUUGAUCCUUCCUGGGGAGACAGCAAUGAAGCCCCAAUAGUUAAUAAGUUUGGAAGUGGAGAGAGAACCUUGCACAAUUUCCAAACCGACUUUAACUACAGGAAAUGGUGUGGGGAGAGGGUGUUGGUGACCAGACUGAAGCUUUGGAAAUCACAAAGAAUUUUGAUAGCAUAGAAAUUCCUUUACCCAAAGUGAAGCAUGGGUAAAGUGGAACGCUCUGCCACAAGUAUUGGUUUAUCAAAGAGUGCAACAUAUUUCAUGGGAGGCUGGGCAAGAAGGUGCAGGAGGAAUGCUGAUGGAAAUUGAGGAAGGGUAGGAGAGGGAUUGAGUAGAGCAUUCGUAUCGACGAGCUGGGUGCCAUGGUAGAGUAGCAGUUGGUAUGACACUAUGACAGCUUGGGGCAUUCUGGAGUUUGGAUUUCAAUUCUGGAAUAAGGAAUCUCUGUACAUCCUCCCUGUGGAAUGCAUGAGUUUUCUUUGGGUCUUCCAGUUUCUUCCCACAGUCUAAAGACGUACCUGGUAAGUUAAUUUGUCAUUGUAAAUCGUUCCACGAUUAGAUUUGUUGGGUUUAGUUGGGUUUGUCAGGGGUUGUUGGGGCGUUGUGGCUGGAUGGGCCCAUGUAAAAUAAAUUACCGGUGUCUGCAUCACAUACCCCGUUAGAAGGCAUUGCCAAUAUACCCAGUGACCUUGAAGUUGGGGCAUGGGGUGCAGAGGAUAUGGGAGGAGGAAAGAAAGCUCAUGUUGGUGGAAUCUCAACCAAAAAUUGACAUACGGUAACAAGAGAACAUCUGCAGAUGCUGGAAAUCUGAGCAACAGACACAAAAUGCUGGAGAAGCUCUGCAGGACUGGAGAAGGGUUUUGGCCCGAAACAUCGACUGUACUUUUUUCUAUAGAUGCUGCCUGGCUUUCUGAGUUCCUCCAGCAUUUUGUGUGUGUUGCAUAGACAUAUAGUAUGUUCCUCAGCUCCCAGAGAAAUGUAUCCGGAGGCUAGAAACAUGUAAAGAGAAAGAUGAUCCAUGCUGAGAAUGUUUCCUGUCAAAGGAGACUAUGCCAUGAUUAAAAUGUUCAAUUCACAGGACAACUCGAUACAGUUACCAACACUGACAAAUCUUUGGUUUCC